AUGUCAGAACCAUUUCGCAUCUUCGGGCUAAUGAUGAUGGUCUACCCAGAAUCUCAAGGCUUGCAAGGUGAUGAUGACGAUGAUGGUGAUGAUGAUGACAGUGAAGAAUCAGAGAACUCCAGCCAUUCUGAGCUUCCUUCACCCUUGUGCAAGAACAGUGACAGCCCAGAUGACAAUCAGACAGAGUGUCUGGGAGAAUUCACCCUGCUUUCCCCAACUCCUGGGCACUUGGUGGAAGAUAAGCAUGUGGAGUUGGCCAAGCAUGCGCUGGAGCUUGAGCCAGAAGAUCAGGAGUUUCAGGAACCAUUUUACAAAGACAUGGGAAUGUCUGACAGCUUGGCUGGAGAUGAGGAGCCCAGCCUGACCUAUCACCUUCCUGGGCAUCAGAGGUUGCCUGCUCUCCAAAAGACCAAUACAGCACCAAGUGGUUUCCAUGACUCUUUCCAGCACAGCUCAGGCCAGCACUUGGGGACAGAGGCCACUGCCACACAGGCCCAUGCCAGUGACCAUUACGUGGAACACCCAGAGAGCGCCACGGGAGCAGAGCCCCAGGUGCUGCAGGAGGAGGAUGGUGAGGACAGUGAGGAUAGGGAGGACAGGGAGUCCCCAUCCCUGCAGCCGACCUAUGACUCUCUCUGGCAGGAAAACGGCAUGCUCAGGUCAGAGAACAAACUGCUCAGGAACGUGAACUUCGUGCUCAUGUCGGAGAACUUUGCACUCAGUCAGGCGCUCAAAGAGCUCAAGAAGGCCAGCACUGUGGUCGUGGAGGGGGAUGUCGUGCUCAGGGAGGAAUACAAUGUGCUCAGGGAACAGUGUGACAGGCUUGAGGGUGAGAAUGCUGCACUCAGGAAGGACAAUGCCAUGGUCAGGAGGAUGUUGAACACCUUCCAGAACAACUUGAAGAGACAGGCGUGCAUGGUGGUGAGCCUGCAGGAUCAGCUAAAGGCCAGCCAGGUGGAACGAGAGAGGGAAGCUGGGCAGUUCCAGUCCUUAGUCCAGGAGACUGAGUGUCGUCUUCAGAUAAUGAAGGAGCGGGCUCUGAAUGCCGAAACAAAUGUGGAGAGGCUGAAGCACAAGAUCUUUAUUCUCCAAGGACAGCUGGAGAGAUGCAAGCUGGAGAAUGAAAACCUGAGAACAGACUGGCCUGGAAGCAGUGAAGCACAACUUAGAGUUCACCAGGCAAAACCCCCACGAGCUCAUAAUGGGCAAAGAUGCCUCCCUCAGGCAGCUCCUGCCUCAGGAAUGCUGCCUGUUGUUGCUGAGGUCCUUGAAUCUACAAGAAAAAUUCUUAAAUUUUGA